AUGGCGUCGGCAGUAUUCUUUCUCGACCUGAAGGGCAAGACCCUCCUGGCGCGCAACUACCGAGGAGAUAUUCCCAUGUCAGCGGUCGAGAAAUUCCCCAUCCUACUGAGCGAGGCCGAAGACGAGAGUUCGGCAGUCCCACCAUGCUUCUCCAGCGAAGGCAUCAACUACCUCUACAUCCGCCACAACAACCUCUACCUCCUCGCCCUUACCAAACGAAACACCAAUGCUGCCGAGAUUCUCCUCUUCCUUCACAAGAUCGUCGAAGUCUUUACAGAAUACUUCAAGGAGCUUGAGGAAGAGAGUAUCAGGGACAACUUUGUGGUCAUUUACGAGUUGCUCGAUGAGAUGAUGGACUUUGGCUACCCACAAACCACCGAGACCAAGAUAUUGCAAGAAUACAUCACACAAGAGUCGCACAAGCUCGAAAUCGCACGGCCACCUAUCGCAGUCACAAACGCCGUCAGCUGGCGAAGCGAAGGUAUCCGAUACCGCAAGAACGAAGUCUUCCUCGAUGUCAUCGAAUCGCUUAACCUCCUCGUAUCCGCGACCGGCAGCGUGCUACGAUCUGAGAUUCUGGGUGCUGUCAAGAUGAAGUGCUACCUUUCAGGUAUGCCCGAGUUGCGACUAGGUUUGAACGACAAAGCCAUGUUCGAGACCACCGGAAGGGCCACGCGAGGAAAGGCUGUCGAGAUGGAGGAUGUCAAGUUUCACCAGUGCGUGCGAUUAUCGAGAUUCGAGAACGACCGGACGAUCAGCUUCAUUCCGCCAGAUGGCGAGUUCGAGCUUAUGAGCUACCGACUGAACACACAAGUCAAGCCCCUCAUUUGGGUAGAGUGCAUAGUGGAGAGUCAUUCAGGCAGCAGGAUUGAGUACAUGUUGAAGGCACGAGCGCAGUUUAAGCGACGAAGCACCGCGAACAACGUCCAAAUCUCGAUACCGGUCCCCGAGGACGCCGACACACCUCGUUUCCGAACAAACAUCGGUACCGUGCAUUACGCGCCUGAGACCUCAUCCAUAGUAUGGAAGAUCAAGCAGUUUGGUGGUGGCAAGGAGUUCCUCAUGCGCGCCGAACUUGGUCUGCCAUCAGUGCGCGGCGACGAUGAAAAGGGUGGUGGUAUGAUGGGAGGUUUCGGUGGUAGCAUGGGCGGUGUUGGCGGUGGAAAGGCGAAGAGACCCAUCAACGUCAAGUUUGAGAUUCCGUACUUUACCACAUCAGGUAUCCAAGUGCGGUAUCUGAAGAUCAUCGAGCCUAAGCUACAAUACCCAUCGCUACCAUGGGUGCGAUACAUCACACAGUCAGGCGACAUCGCUGUGCGAUUACCUGAUGUGAACUAG